AUGGCUUCCUUCAAACGAGAACACUCCCUCUCGUCAUUUGAUCCAGAAAGUCACGAAGACACUGAGAAUUCAAGGAAACGGCCCCGGCAACGGCAAGCAGAAUGUGUCGCAUCAUCAUCCAAGAUAGCAUCGACAAAGGCCCUCCAGAACUUGGAGGAGAAUGUAUCUUCCGAUAAGUCUACGAAAAAAAAAGGAUUCCAAAUGCCAAUCUUCACACAUACACGAAUCAUCGAGCACUCAAGCUCCCGACUUCCUAAAACUAGCGUUAAAGCAUUAUUCGGCCAUUGACACGGAGAGGCAACAAGCCGCCCAGUAUAUCGCUGGCAAGAGUGUGGAAAUCGCUUUUCUCGAGGAUACAAUGAACAACCUGCGACGUGAUAGUGUUGAACAACAAGACCGGUUCGAUAGUUUGAGGACCCAGUCACUCACUCAGACAACGGAGAUUGUGGAGCUGCUUAAACAUAUCCUCGAAAACGCUCCCCGGGAAGGUAGUCAUCUCACUCCGUUAAACUCCAUACAUUAGUCUAAUCUUAUGCAGAUAUACCGGAGUCCAAAAGGAAGCUACUCCGGUCGUGCCCAGAAUCAGGGAAUUCGGAAAUCACAUUGAGUUUGAACGAUCAAGUCACUGUUGAGGAACUAGAAACACGACGGUUGAACUUUUAUGAAUCACUUUGCAGCGGUGAGGGUCGACGGUUUGAACCCUUGUCCACGCACCAGGCAGUGGAUAUCACAAAUUUCUUCUUCGGCAUCUUCACACAUGAAAUCUUGCCACACUUUACACCAAUUGCUCAAGCUUACGCAGUAUCGAUAGCACAAGAAAACGCCAUCAAAGCGGCUGACAAAAUCCUUAAAGGAUCAUCCAUUCCACCAUUGGCAUGGUCAAUGUAUCACGCCAUCAACUCGAUUUCGCAGCGAAGAUCAAAUGAGCAUGCCAAAAAGGAGGAUGCCUGCCCGGAGAGUCUGGAAGCAAUUGGGAUAGUAAAGGCCCUUCAAUUAUAUAAAGCUAUCACGGUUAAGGAAAACAUUUUCAGGAAGCAUUCUUUCGACAGGUUUGUGCGGAGUCUGGCACUCGACCAAAAUGCCGCCCAUAUUAUACUUACAAUGUUUCCUGGUUGUAUGCAAGAUCUCCAGCGCGAGUUUGGAUCGGAGAUAGCAUUGCUGUUUGCUGGUCGCGAAAGCCAACUGUAUGUGUGAUAAUAUCGGACUCUUUAUAUGUGACUUGUUAACAGUCAUAUCAGGAACUGGUUCGAUGGUUGCGGAUCUGUCAAUCAGAUUUUCGAUCUUUUAGACCACAUACUUCCUGAGAAGAAAGAAGUAUGUUCAAUUGCUGAAAGGAAUUUCCUUGAUGCCAUGGACGAAAGACUGGAGUUGAAAUGCCGUUUGGACAAGGGGGACAGUCUUUAUGGAUGCUUCAUGACAGAAGAUGAACAUGAUGGAUGAACUUAUCAAUGCAACAAUAGCACAGGAGAAGGACUGAAACGAUGCUUCGUUUCACUAAAUAUUUGGUAGCUUAUUGGUUCCAAGACGGAUUUGAGAGUCUUCUGGAGACAAGGGCAGAUUGUGUGUUCAAAACUUUGUACUUAAUGCGUCAAAAAUGUUGGCACUUGCUGUUUUUAAAUGAUUGAAUCCUUG